AAAAGACAGAACUAGGAAAAUAUCAAGAGUUGCCCCAUAGAAUACAGAGCAUAUAUAAGUGGCUAAACUACAACGAACCCCAGGAGCUGCAAGAACACUGGAAAUGCUGUGGUAGAAAUGAGAUGAGGGCUCCAUCAGAACAGACUCUUGGAGAAUUUGCGAAAGGCCGAUGCUUGGUUUAUCCUCAGCUGUGGGCAGCCUUCAAUCUACACCUGCAACACUGCAACGGGGGAAUAGAGUGCAUAAAUGCCUGGAAAUGCGGCUCUGUUUGCUUGAAGAGCUUGAGAGAUUCCAGCAAGGACUCGAUCGACGAGAUGAACCACCUGUACCAAGGGCUCACCGGCCUGCGAAACCUGGGCAACACGUGCUACAUGAACGCCGUUUUGCAGUGCCUCUGCAGCAUGUCGCCCCUUGUGGAGUAUUUCCUCUCGGGAAAGUAUGUAACUGCCCUAUGCAAGGAGAACGGCGAGUCUGCGACGGCCUUUGGCUACCUGAUGUCUGACAUGUGGCUUGGAGAGUUUGACUGCGUUUCCCCGGAGGUGUUUCGUUCGGUCCUCGGGGAGCGGUACCCCGCGUUCACCAAGCAGACUCAGCAGGACGCCCAGGAGUUCCUGAUCUGCGUGCUGAACGAGCUCCACGAGGCGCUCAAGAAGUCAAGCAGCAGAAGAUGCCAGGGAAGCGCAACUGGUGCAAGAGAGAACAGAGCGACUGUCAGUGAAACAUCUAUUAUCACACAGUUAUUUGAGGGACAGCUCAGUUAUGAUAUUACGUGCCUGGAAUGUGAGACCACCACCGACAAGCCCGAGAUCUUCACAGUUCUCUCUCUCCCCAUCCCCUCCGAGAGCGCGUGUUCUCUGCAGGACUGUCUCAGAUGCUUCUUUCAGCAAGACACACUGACUUGGAACAACCAAAUCCAUUGCUCCUGGUGUGGGACAAAACAAGAUGCUGCAGUAAAGGCUAACAUAACCAAGGCACCAAAGAUAAUUAUUUUUCAUUUAAAGAGGUUUGACUGUCAAGGCAACUACAAAAAGAAACUUUUAACUGACAUUUGCUAUCCACUCAGCAACUUGGACCUCUCUCCUUACAGUUACCCAUUCUUCCGCAGGAACUCGAAGUACAGCUUGUGUGCUGUAGUGAACCACUUUGGAUUUCUGGAUGGUGGCCACUAUACAGCAUUCUGCAAGCACUCAGUCACCAAGAGCUGGUACAGCUUUGAUGAUUCACAGAUCACCGCGAUCCCCAACUCCUCAGUGCAGACUGCUGCAGCGUAUCUUCUGUUCUACACCUGUCAAGCCUUCUCUGCACCCACAAAAAGCUGCUAGCAGUGAAAAAGACUAACAGUGAGUAAGCCAGUGAUCCAAGCUCACUGGCAGUGUUAACUCAGUCCUGUUUCAUCAAUAAACUACAGUUUUUUGCAUUAUAGGAUAAUCUGUUGUGGUCUUUUAGGAAGUAAGUAAGUAAUUUCUAGAGAGAACACUGGAGCUACAGCUUCCAAGCCCAUUAAGGAACAUACAUCAGUUCCAUUUGCCUGUAGUCUAGCAUUCAUAUAUCCCUCAAAAGGAGAUAAAUGCUGAGUAUAUAGAAGCACUUGAUACCUGAAAAAUCUUGUUUCUCUGUUGUUUAAAUUGUGUUGUUUUAAGCUUCCUUUCAGAAACUGACAGUAGGCUACCAGGGUGCGAGCACAUGACCAGACCACCGGCACAUUUGUUUCUGAAAACAGCAGGGGAUGAAGCAACCACUAAAGUAAAGCUAGAAAAAGAUGCUAUUAUUUGUCAUUUUUGUCCCUCUAGCAUCUCAAACUCAUUCCCAGGUUAUAAGCUCCUGGAAAACAAUCGGACUUGCUCUAUAGGCAAGACAGAUGUGUGUAGACAGAUUAAAAGCCUCAGACCAGGAUUUAUGAAAGCCAUCCUAAUCAGGAAAGGCAAAACCAAGCCAAAUACAGAGCAGAGCAAUGUGCGCUACACAACUAAAAUAUCUGUCCAAAAGUGAGUUAGUUUAGAAAACUAAGUUUUUUUUCUUAGUCUGAAGAAUCUCUGAACUUUGUGAACCUGAGUUAGACUGUCAUUAUGUAGAUUUCUGACCACUGCACAAAGAGUAGAGAAUGAAAACAAACCUAAA